AUGGGUUCCGUCCGACGCUUUGUCCUCGUCGCGGCCAUUGCCACCGCGUCGAUGGUAUGUGCCGCCGGUCAAGCGGUCCCGCGUCUCCGCCAUGCAGAGCCCUCCACGCACUCGAUGCCAGCGGAACCGCACGGAGCAGUCGUCAAGCCACGCGACUGCCACGUGAGUGGCGUGACGCUGCGGCACCGGAGCUUGACGUACUACGACGCCAACUCGUACGUGGCGUGUUCGAACGGCGCGGCCGGGUGCUACGUCAUUGAACGCGUGCACGACACAGCAACGCAAGUGGCGUGUCCGCGUGCCGACUUCCAGCGCCGCAUCGACGCGGAGACGGCGGUGCGCGCCCGCGUCGCAGCGUCCGCGACGGGCGGACCGUUCGUUCCCGCGAGCGACGACGUCCACCGGCGUCGAUUGUCGCUCGUUGUGGUCUCGACGACGCGCAUUUGGGACGGCGGCGUCGUGUGCUACCAACUGAGUGAGGAGCUGCCGUUCGACGCGCAGCACGAGGAGUACAUUUACGUGGCCAUGGGCAAGUACGAGAACCACACGAACGUGCGGUUCGUCCCGACGGCCACGUGCGCGCGCGAGGCGCUGCCGUACUGCGACGCGUGUGCCAACUACGUGGACUUUAAGCACCCGACGCGCGGCCGCGACUGCAACGCGAGCAUUGGCAUUACAGACGACGGCGCGCAGGUCAUGAACCUCGCCGAGCGCUGCUUCGAAGUGGACGACGAGCUCAAGACCGUGUACGGCUCGGCCAUGCACGAGAUCGGCCACAGCGUCGGCAUGUACCACGAGCACCAGCACCCGAGCCGCAGUGUGGCCGUGUUCUGGGACACCGUGGAGCAGGGCCUUUGGAGCGAGCUCGCGGUCCGCGACCUCAGUGUCGGCGGCCCCUAUGACCAGGACAGCGUCAUGCACUACCCCAUGUCGUACGGCUUUUGCCAGCCAAACUACUGCAGUCGGUCGACGACAAAGACCAACUGCGUCGACGAGGACACCAAGUUUUGCAACCUCAAUCAGGACGACAACGACGACGACGACUGCGUGGACAUAACAAAGGAAUUGUGCAACAAGACCGCGACGGAAGCGAUUGGCCAGCGAAAGGACCUGAGUGCGGGCGACGUGGCGGCCAUUAACGAACUGUACCCGACGGCUGCGUGGCCGGCCUCGGACUCGAAGAUUGGCGGCUGA